CCAGUAUUACUUUAUGUCUUAUUAUUUUCAGAUAUAAGAUGCAAGUAUAUGUGUCAUGUGACUGAGAAAACAGGUGAGAUGAGGAAUAUAGAUCCUGUAGCAAACAAACAAGCUUCAUCACCUUUCUAUUUAGAUACACUUGCAGUCUCCAAAAGAUUGAUAGAUAAAGGGUUUCAAAGAGGAGAGGCUGAGGCUAUGACAGAAGUUUUGUCUGAUGUAAUUACCAUGGUGGUUGACCAACAAACAAGAAUAAUGGUCACGAAAUUACAACAGGAAAUAAUGGUUCAGCAAUUACUUGCUCAGAUAGCCUCAGUGAAGAAAGAUAUGGUUAUUCUAGAAAAAAGUGAAUUUACUAUGAUAAGAAAUGAUACUGAGAAACAAGGAAUUUUGAUUAAGCAUUUAGAGGCACAACUUGCAGAUGGCAUCAAGAAACUGGAGGGUCAAGUAAAGUUGGAUAUCAACCUGGAAAAAUCUAGAGCUGUAGAAGCUCAUGCACUGAAUGAGAAACAGCUUCAGACAUUAAUAAACAAAAUGGAAGUAGAGCAUGCAACAACUGAAAAAAACCUUAAUGCACUGGAAAACAAAAUAGAAGUAUCUGUGUCAAAUCUUAGAACCCAGAAUGAGAAAAACAGAAAUGACGUCUUUAAAUACCUCAUAGGAUUAGUGUUGUCGGCGGCAACUGCUAUUUUAGCAUAUCUCAGACUUAUUUCAUGAUAAAACAAUUUGUUACAUAGUUUGUUAAAUAUCAAAAUGUUAUGUCACUUCAAGCAUACACAUCUUGUUCUAGCAUUUUUGUUUGAAUGUUUUGAAAAUAUUGUUAAUUUAUAUUUUUAAUGUAUUUCAUUAUUUUUUUAUUGAGCAUAAGUGAUUGGGCUUGUUAUUAAACAACUAAUAUUCUUGUGUAUCAAACAGUGUGAAGAAUAUUUUAUAAAAACACCACCAAAACUGUUCAACCAGAAACCAGAGGAUGGAAGCUGGAAUACAGUGGAUUAUAGAUUUAUAUUGUGUACUGUAUG